GAAAAUAUAAAAUGGCUGUUGUAGAAGCUGCAAUAUAGACAGAAGGAACAGGUAGAUUUGAAUAUUAAGAUGGAACAGUAUAUGAGGGAUAAUGGAAAUUGAUAGAUGGUAAAAAAGUUAAACAUGGUAAAGGUAGAAUAGUGAUAGCAAGUAUAAAAUAUUGGAAUGAUAUAUUAAUAGGUUCAUUGUCAACGGAUAACGAUUUGAAAGAAGAAUAUAAUGGAGAAUUUGAAAAUGAUUAAAUGUGUGGAGAAGGUGUAUACAUUUAUAAAUCAGGUGCAAUAUAUAGAGGACAGUUUCGAGAUAAUAGACAUAAUGGAAUUGGAUUUUAUUAAUUUCCUGAAGGUUGUACAUAUGAAGGAGAAUGGGUGAAUCAUAAAAUGCAUGGAGAAGGUGUAUUUAUUGAUAAAGAGGGUAAUAGAUGGGAAGGAGAAUUCGUUGAAGGAAUUUAUCAAUCUAAAAUGUAAAAACAACUUAAGAUGGAAAAAAUGUUAAAUAAAAAGGAAACUGAAAUACGUGAAAAUGCAUCACAUUUCUUUACUCGUUUUAUAGAUGCAUAUGCACAUUCUGAUAAAAAAACUAUGAAAGAUAAUAUGACUCCAUUCUUUGCAACAACUGAAGAUAUUAAAUUAUAUGUCAAGGAACCUUAUCCAUAAUUUGCAGAUCGUCUACCUGAAAAAUGGGAAGCUGCAAUUAAAUUCUUAUAAGUAGGUUCCUUAAAUAUACCUCGUUCUAAUACUGCUGCUAAAAUAUUAGAUCCUUAAAAUAUUUUAGCUGCUUAAUUUAGUGGAGUUGGAUAAGUAGCUGAAGUUAUCGUUCAAGAUAAUACUAGAAUUGUUAGAUUAGCUAUAUGUAAUACUGCUGAAGAUAAAUGGGUUAUUGUUUUUUAUCAUGAUAAUGAAGAGUAAGAAGUCAAAAAAAAAAAAUGAAACAAAUAUAUUAAAAUAAUUAAAUUAU